AUGGAACAGUAUCAGUUCACAAAACCAGGAGAACCUGUUCAUGAGAACAGAGACCGGAAUAGGCCCUAUGACACUUUUAACUUGCACUCUUUGGAAAAUUCCUUAAUGGAUAUGAUAAGGACUGAUCAUGAGCCUCUGAAAGGGCGUAUGGGGAUAAACUUCCAUCAUCCAGGAACAGACAAUAUUAUGGCUCUUAAUAGUCGGUCUUCUCUCUUUCCUUUUGAAGAUGGCUUCCUAGACGACAGCCACGGUGAUCAGUCUCUGUCAUCGGGUCUCAGCUCUCCAACACGUUGUCAAAACGGAGAAAGAGUGGAACGCUAUUCUAGAAAGGUGUUUGUUGGAGGUCUUCCUCCUGACAUUGAUGAAGAUGAGAUCACUGCCAGCUUUCGUAGGUUUGGACCUCUUGUGGUGGACUGGCCUCACAAAGCUGAAAGCAAGUCAUAUUUUCCACCUAAAGGUUACGCCUUUCUCCUGUUCCAGGAGGAAAGCUCUGUACAAGCUCUGAUAGAUGCCUGUCUGGAAGAAGAUGGGAAACUUUACCUAUGUGUGUCAAGUCCCACAAUCAAGGAUAAACCAGUGCAAAUUCGACCUUGGAACCUAAGUGACAGUGAUUUUGUGAUGGAUGGGUCUCAGCCUUUGGAUCCAAGAAAAACCAUCUUUGUUGGAGGAGUUCCACGGCCCCUCCGAGCUGUUGAAUUGGCAAUGAUUAUGGACCGUUUAUAUGGAGGUGUCUGCUAUGCUGGCAUUGAUACAGACCCAGAGUUGAAGUAUCCAAAAGGUGCUGGCAGAGUGGCUUUCUCCAACCAGCAGAGCUAUAUUGCUGCUAUCAGUGCUCGCUUUGUUCAGCUCCAACACAAUGACAUUGAUAAACGGGUGGAAGUGAAGCCAUACGUGCUGGAUGAUCAGAUGUGUGAUGAAUGCCAGGGCACUCGCUGUGGUGGAAAAUUUGCUCCGUUCUUUUGUGCCAACGUUACCUGUUUGCAGUAUUACUGUGAAUACUGCUGGGCAAGCAUACACUCUCGUGCUGGGCGAGAGUUCCACAAACCACUGGUAAAGGAGGGAGGCGACCGGCCCCGCCACGUCCCGUUCCGCUGGAGCUGAACCCCAGGACUCGCCCAGCAACAAGUACUGGAGUAAAUAAAAUUGAGUGAAAAGAGAGCGCUGCCUCAGGGCUUAGUGUUCUGGAAAUCUGUGCAUUCGUCCUCGACUUUAAUGAAGAUAUGGGUCUUUUUAUUAACUAUUAUUAUUAUUUACAGUCACAUUACUGAACUCAGUGUCCAGUAUAAUACAAACCGGCAGAGUGUAACUGUACUGAUUUUUGCACUUUGAUUCACACAAACAUCUGCUUGGUACCUUAAUUUCCUACACAAUACUUGUCACUAGUGACAUUAUGUAGACUGCCAUUCUCAUCAGCCUUCUCUGGGCUGAUGUGUAUGUGAUGAAGAUUUUUUUAUUAUAAUUAUUUUUAUUUUUAAAACUGGAGCAUGCACUUAUUUUCAGAAAUUUAGACUUGCCCCUAGCAGAUGACUUACCAAAGGUAAUAUUCACAAGUAGGUGGCAGAUGUAGCAAAAACUUAAACAGAUAUUCAGCAAUCAUUAGUUUGGGUCAUUUAGAGUAGUAAUAACCCUUAAAGAAAAUAAGCCUUUAGUUGCUCUCCAUUUUGACUUGUAAGGAUGAUACCUCAUAAGCUGGAUCAGACUUUUUUCUUUUGUUUUUGCUGAGGGUUUUUUUCGUUUGUUUUGUUGGGUUUUUUUUGUUUUGUUUUGUUAGGUCUUUUAGUGUUAUGUAAAUGUAUGCUGCAAUAGCUUUUGCUGCUAUUAAAAUGGUAUUACUAAUACCAUAAUACUCUAUUCAGGCUAGGGUAUCAAUUAAAAAUGAAUAUGUGAUUAAAAUAGUGAUGGCUGCUGAAAGGAGAUCAGUAUAGCAUACAGAAAAGCUUCCAAGGAAGGUCAAUAUUUUUUGACUGCAUGUUUACUUAAUCAGGUUGCUGCAUGCAAUAAAUUUUAUAUAUGUCUAAUAUAAAACCUGCCCACAAUGCACAAAUUAUGAAUCUACUACGUAGGCUACAAAAUACUCAGUAACAGAAAGGAAUUGAUUACUGACUGGAGGAAGGCAUGCCUCAGUAAAUGUAAUGCUUCUGAAAUUAGGAUCAGCCCAUUACAGAAUGACCUAUACUACCACAAAUAUUUUAAAAAAAAAAACAACUAGCUGUAGGAUAUUCUUAAAACAAAUUGUGGAUGGUAGAUGAAGUACUUUGCGGUGCUCUGUUAUAUAUCGUGCAAUUUAUUUUAUAGAGUAAAGUGAUUCUGUCUAGUACUGUGAUCAAACUUUAACUGUUAAAAGCCUCUGUAUCCGACAUUAACACAUUUUUGACAGUUCAUAACAGGUACAUAAACAGAAAUGAGCUCUUAGUUACAAUCUCUCUCCUAAUGCUUGCAUCAUUUACGUAGCUGCAGACCUUGUCCAGAAAACCAAAGAGCUCAUGCUAGCGUACAUACACUACCAAUCUAGAUAGUCUGUCAAACUAAUAAACUAGGCACAUUUAAGAAAGAUAGGAGAAAAAAAAAAGUGGUGCUAAAGAAAUGUCUGCAUACAAAAGUAACAUGAGAUGUCUGCUCUGUGGAUGUGGCGUUAUCUCUCUAAUCCCUGGAUGUAUCCUGUGAAGCUUGAAUACAAUUAAGACCUGCUAACACAGUGGACAUUUUUUUAGCAUGAAGUAUGGGGCUGCAGAUAGCAUAUAAAUAUAAACACAUUGGUAUACUAAUGAUUGUGAGAAUGUGUACACUAUUUUUGUUUUCUUUUUUCCUCCUUUGUUUUUGCAGUUCUGGGGACAAUCUGACUGGAUAUGACACCGCAUAGUAGAUUUAAAUGUUCUGGGUUUUUUGUUUGUUGUGAUGUCUUCUUUGUGUCGAAUUUAGUAAGUUGGGUUUGGUUUUUUUUCCCAAUGUUUAGUUGCAAGUAUUGGCUUUGAAAGGACUUUUUUUUUUCUGUUUUUGGAGAAAAAAAAAAAGAGAAAAAUAGUUUUUUACUGGUUUAAAAAUGCUUAUUAUAAUUAUCCCUUUUGAAGUUACUUCUGGGCAGUUUUGUGAUAUUGCUUUUCCCCAGCCCAGGUGUCUUUUCUGUUCUUUUUCAUCUGUACAAGACAUUUUGUUAUGCACUACUUUUUGUAUCUAGACAGUUUUCAACAGUUGGCUGAUGAUUUUUUUUAAAGAAAAAGGCAUGCUUUCUGACUGACAUGAUCUUUUGCAAUACCUCAAUUUUGAAAUAUAGGAAAGAAAAUGAUAUUUUCUAAGUAAGUUUAUUCAGAAAAAUAUAUAUUAAUUUAAUUCUGCAAGAAAAAUGAUUUAACAGAUGGGUAACUUUAUUUUUUUCAUGCUUAUUUGAGUUUUUUUGAAAAUGAAGAAGUUAGAGCUUUAUAACUGUAAUAUUAAAGAUCAUAGCUAACCUAACCUCGACUAUUUGUUGUUAUGUGCAAUACUGUUUGUACUGUUUGUAUAAAAAAAAA